UCCAUCCAAUCUUAUCUAAGCACCGAAUACAAUGCAAAACCAUUGGUUACAACUCAACGAAAGCUUCUAAAUAAAGAAAUAAAGAAACAAAACAAAAAGCAAUCAAAUUUAACCAUUUCACACCGCAUUGACGUGAACAAGAACAAGCAACCACUAAUCACGCCUCACAACUUCUUUAUUAAUCCUUAAAAACACAGUAUAAAUCAAUCCCCUCUCUUCUCCCCACAUUGUUUGUUUUUACCAUUGGGAAAAAAAACAUUUCAGACAUGAAGCUGUUUACGUUAACUCUGUUCCUCGUUUCUUGGAUGUCAUGUUAUCUCAUUGUCGGAGUUGUAGCAGAUCUCGGAACUGCCGCUUCCUACGAUCCUCCUUAUCUACCCACAAGAUGCAACGGAUACAAACAGGGCGAGUUUCAGUCGAGAGGAUACUUCGUGGCGGCAAGCGACGGCCUUUGGGACAACGGAGCAUCCUGCGGGAGGAGAUAUCGGCUUCGUUGCCUCAACGGCCGCAGAAAUCCGUGCAGAGGCCGGUCCAUCGUCGUUGAGGUUGUCGACGUUUGCAAGAGCGAUCCCUGCCCCGCCACAUUCCUUCUCUCCAACAAAGCCUUUGAUGAAAUCUCGAGAUUCCCCGACGCCAAGAUCAACAUCGAAUUCCAACAGAUAUAGGAGUGUUUGCAAGAAGAGACUUCAACAGCUACGAGGUUGUCUACACCGGCAAACCUUCUCUUUCCAGUAAUCUAAGCCAGAAAUUUAGUAAACUGACCUAUCCUCCUUUGUUUCAUAUUGUUGCAAGACUUUCACACAUUGAUAUAUGCAAUGGAGGAGACAUAUAUAUAUAUACACACACACACACACUAAAGUGUUUAUGAUCAAAGCUCCAAACUGUAGAGAUAUAUGUUACCAGAAUAAAGGAUCACCAGAGAGCUUGCCGGGCUCUGCUUCUUAAGCUUCAGAGCUUGUGUUGUCAAACGCUGCAUCAUUUCCGGCCUAAUGGUUUGCUUAAACGAGAGAGAAUAACAGAUCAAGUAGAAGACACGCAAACAAUCAUUACAUGAGGCGAGACAAGAAGGGAGCCGAGUGAUUGAGCAAUGUAAGGAGAAUUUGGCUGAUAAAACCUGAAGAUUUAGCAUCAAAAAUACACAAAACGAAAACGUCUAAAAGGGUUUCACUUUCAGUAAGGAUAAACAAAGUUCGCUUCGUACACCAUAAAUAUUGAUAAGAAGAUGAUUGAGAAACGGAGAUAGAGAUUGAAACAAGGGCAAAGGAAUUCGAGGUUUCACUACCACAGAUAUUCAUUUCCUAAGAAAUUGCCGUAGACCGUAAGGUAACACGGAAAAGAAACAGAUGAUACC